AUGGCAUCGGCAGGCAUGACCAACCAAGAGAGCCACAAUCAGCCGCUGGCAGCGCCAAUUCUCUUGUGCAAACGAAAGGACUUCCUCGACACGGACGAAGCGGCCAAGUCCCAUCCAAAUCGAACGUACUACUACCGCAAAGAAGCCGACAUUGAAAAAGUCAUUGACACGUGUACAAAGAAAUUGGCAACGAACCCGAGCGAUGCCAUUACGAUUGCAAUUCGUGGCGCUUCCCACAUGAAGAAGAUGGAGUGGGCGCAAGCCGUCGACGACUUUGGGCAAGUGCUCAAGCUUCUUCCCACGGAUGCGAACGCGUACUACAAUCGCGGCCUUGCGUGGACGAACUUAAACCAGCUGCAGGAAGCCAUUGAGGACUUUACGCAUGCCCUAUUGCUCAACCCCAACCACAUCAAUGCGGCGUACGCUCGGGCGUCAUGUUACAACAAGCAAGGUGACUUUUCCAGGGCGAUAGAAGACUACCAUUUCGCCCUGAUGAAGGACCAGCAAGGGUCGAAUAAAUCCAAACAAGCGGCAAAACCACUAGCAAAUCCAGUCACACCCACGCCGUCGUCAGUGAUGGUCAAACCAAUCCCAGUCGACAAGAUCCAACUUAGCGGACCAAUUCCAUCGCUCAGCGUGUCUCGCGGCGUCGAUUCGUACACAAAGCUUCGUGAGCGGGAACUGCUGGAUUCAAUGACCCAGCUCAAAAUGUUGCGGAGCAAUGGCAGCAGCGCCAACCAUGCCACCACCGCGUCCAACAACGCCCGUGACGCUGACACGAGCCACAGACUUCCAAUCAACAAGUGCCCCAGUCGAUCGAACGUGGCACCAUCGGCUCGGCCACCGCCCAUUGACAUCACCUCUGAAGCCGAAGAGCCCCCACUUGAUUCAACGAAAGAACCGUCGGUGGUCGGCGAUCCUGCAGAAAUCCACCAUGCCCGCGGCUUUGCCUUUCGUCGCGAGGGGCGCUUCGACCUCGCCGUCGCAGCCUACUCUGAAGCGAUCGCGCUCAAUCCGCGCCAUUUCAAAGCGUACUUUAAUCGAGGUUUCGCGUACGACAAGCUUCGGCAAUUCGACCGGGCAAUUCAAGACUACACCACCGCCAUCGCACUCGACCCGACAAAUGCGUUUGCGUUUUACAACAGGGGCAUUUCGUUCGAUCGAAGGAGCGGCAGCUACACAGGCGCCGUCGACGACUUCUCGAAAGCGAUUCAGCUCAUACCAUCAAAUGCUGACUUUUACCACAACCGUGGGUUCUGCCAUCGCAAACAGGGUCGAUAUGACGUGGCGAUUCAAGAUUACUCUGCAGCCAUCGAUUUGAACCCGACGCAUUUUAAGGCACUGUACAACCGGGCGUUUUCGUACGACAAGCUCGAGGCAUUUGAGGCGGCGAUCGUCGACUACACGGCGGCCAUCCAAGUGGACCCGAAGAACGCAAACGCAUAUCACAACCGAGGGAGCACGUGGGAAAAGAUGAAGAACCUCCACGAAGCCAUCAACGAUUUCACGAUGGCGCUGACGCUGCAGCCUCAGGCCGCGUCCACGUAUAACAGUCGCGGGCUUGCCUACGACCAACAAGGCAAGCAUGCACUCGCACUGCAGGACUUCCACGCAGCGAAUCGACUCGAACCCCAAAACCCCAUCUUUCUCCACAAUCGGGGGUACUGUUUCCGCAACAUGGGCGAGUACGAUCGCGCCAUUGCCGACUACACCGAAGCAUUGCGCCUCGAGCCAGACAACGUCGCUGCGUACAGCAACCGCGGGUACGCCCGUCGAAAGCAAGGACAGUAUGACGGUGCCGUCGAUGACUACACCGCAGCGCUGCGCUUGGACCCGACCAGCACGAGGACCCUGAGCAACCGUGCGUACUCGUACGCCAAGAUGGGAUGCCUCGCCGAAUCGAUCGCAGACUACUCGCGCGUGAUUGACCUCGAAGGCCACAACGCUUAUGCGUACCACAACCGGGCGAUUUUGCACGAAAAGAUGGGCAACCUGACGCUGGCAAAGCAAGAUUUUAUGACGGCGAUGGCGCUCGACAAUUCGUCGUCGACGGCACGGUGUUGA